CGUGCCUGGGCUGGUCCGUAAUCGCGCUGACGGAGUGGAAUCGGCCCAAUCCCGUCCAUCUUUAGCCACAGGCGGGGAAGCGUGGGAGUUGUUUUGGGCUGGCCUGAUCACGAGGGGUACAAAUACUCUCGGGGGACUGGCCUCCGCACCUCUGUCGGAUCCAGACAAGCUCAGUCCCAUCAGCCACAUCAGGUUUAACGGAGUUACAGCAAAGCAAUCACCAUGAGCCCCAAACACGUGGUCUUCAAGAAGAUCUCUCGUGACAAGUCGGUGGGGAUCUACAUGGGGAAGAGGGAUUUUGUGGAUCAUGUGGACUUUGUGGACCCAGUGGAUGGCGUUGUGCUGGUGGAUCCCGAACAGCUGAAAGGGAAAAAAGUGUUUGUCAUGCUGUCCUGCACAUUUCGGUAUGGGCGAGACGACAUGGAUGUAUUGGGUGUAGCAUUCCGCAGAGACCUCUACUUGUCGACUCGUCAGGUGUACCCUCCUCUGCAGGAUAAAGAAAGGAGCAUGCACACCAAGAUGCAGGAGAAACUGCUGAACAAGCUGGGGAUCAAUGCAUACCCCUUUUUCUUUGAGUUCCCAGAUAACCUGCCAUGCUCCGUGGGACUGCAGCCUCUACCAUCAGACGUUGGAAAGCAUUGUGCUGUGGAGUUUGAAGUGAAGGCAUUUUGUGCCGAGAGCCAGGAUGAGAAGAUCCAUAAGAGGAGCUCUGUCCGUCUGGCAAUCCGCAAAAUGCAGUAUGCUCCUGAGCAAGAUGGACCUGCCCCCUCCAAUGAGACCACGCGUGAGUUUGUCCUAUCUGAAAAACCCUUACAAAUGGAGGUCAGCCUGGAAAAGCAGACUUAUUACCAUGGAGAGCCAAUCAACGUCCAUGUGAACAUCACAAACAGCUCCAGCAAAACUGUGAAAGGCAUUACUGUUUCAGUGGAGCAAAUGGCCACUGUGGUGCUGUAUUCCAAUGAUAAGUACGUGAAACCUGUGGCGAUGGAGGAAACCUCAGAUUCCGUGGCCCCUGGCACCAGCCUGAGGAAGGUUUACACCCUCCUUCCCCUGCUGGCCAACAACCGUGAAAGGCGGGGUAUAGUCCUCGAUGGGAAGCUGAAGCAUGAGGACACCAACCUGGCCUCCUCUAGCUUGGUGAAGGAAGGUGUACUGAAAGAGGUGCUUGGGAUCCUGGUGUCCUAUCGAGUCGUGGUGAAGCUCACUGUUGGCGGGAUGAUGGGAUCCAGUGAGGUUGGUGUUGAGGUGCCAUUCCAGCUGAUGCAUCCCAAACCUGAUGCAGUAAAAGAAAGUGAGAUGGAGGCGGAACUCGUGUUUGAGGAGUUCAAGCGUUCCUACCUGAAAGGGAUGAUCGCGGACGAUGACGAGGAGGACAACGUUUCGCCGGCGGAGGUGUCGUGAUGGCGCAGAGGCGCGCGCGAGGGGGCGGCCGUGUCACCCCACAGCGCCCCCUCAGGGUCACUGCUGUCACUACAGCAGGUCCGCAGGGGCCUGAGACAUGGCCGUAUAGAUGGAUAGGGGAAUGUAGAGAAGGCUAAUGGCAGCGACAGAGGGAGAGCUAGCUCUGUGUCCUGGAAGCCCGAUUGGCCUCCACUCCACUGUUUUCCCGCUUCACUGACCUUUGUUCCGAGAUUUUUUUCACGUUUAGACUAUUAGAGUUCCCCGUAAAUGCAAAUAGAGAAAGA